GAGAGCGAGAGGGAGCAGUCAGUGCUGUAGGGAGGAGGAGAGUGAGUGAAUGAGAGCUGCUGGAUCUGCUGUUUGAUUGUUAUGCUGGGCUGCCUCCUUCCACACUGCACUGGCACAACAGAGUACCCUGCCACCACUACAGACGCUGCUGAUUACUCCGCUAGUUAGCCACACUGCUAGCAGGAGAGCCAGGGGCCACCAGGUAUCAGGCUAGCUGGGCUUCUCCAUCCUUUGAGCAGGGGACGUAGCCACGUCGUGGAGUGGAGGGGGCUAACACUACUGUUUAGGUACCCGCUUCUACUUCAUCCAAACAUCCCUCUCCCCACCACCACCACCAGCAGCCCGCUCGCUCCUCUCUAUGCCCUUGUCCUCGGUGGCUCCUCUCAACUCCCUGGCCAGUAUAUGGAUAGAAGCUCUCUGUUUCAGCUCAUACAAGAGCAGCUGGACCCAGACAACACCGGUUUCAUUGCAGUGGAGAACUUCACCAGUCUGGUGGAGCACCAUGAGCUGCAGCUGGACCCCUCCAAACUGGACAUGCUGUUUGCACUGGUGCAGAGCAACGAGGAUGGACAGGUGUGCUACCAGGAGCUCAUCGAGCUGAUGAGCAGCAAGCGUUCCAGCAGUUUCCGACGAGCCAUCGCCAAUGGCCGCCGCACACUGCAGCGGGAGAUCCUAUUGGACGAGACGGGCCUGGGCGUGUACAAGCGCUUUGUGCGCUACGUGGCCUAUGAGAUCCUGCCCUGCGAGACAGACCGGCGCUGGUACUUCCACCAGAACAGCUUGUGUCCCCCUCCUGUCUUCAUGGCCAUCAUUACCAUCAUCCAGAUCGUUGUGUUCAUGUGCUAUGGCAUCAUGCUGAAUAAGUGGGUACUGCAGACAUACCAGCCAGACUUCAUGAAGAGCUCCCUGGUGUACCACCCCAGACACCGCCUCCAGGUGUGGCGCUUCUUCAGCUACAUGUUCAUGCACGUUGGGUUGGAACAGCUGGGAUUCAACGCUCUUCUCCAGCUGAUGAUCGGCGUUCCCUUGGAGAUGGUCCAUGGCAUCCUACGCAUCAGUCUGCUCUACAUGGCUGGUGUAGUGGCAGGUUCCCUGACUGUGUCCAUCACAGACAUGCGUGCUCCAGUGGUGGGGGGUUCCGGGGGUGUCUACGCUCUGUGCUCGGCGCAUCUGGCCAACGUCGUCAUGAACUGGGCCGGUAUGCGGUGUCCAUACAAGCUCCUCCGCAUGAUUCUGGCACUGGUGUGCAUGAGUUCGGAGGUGGGCCGUGCCGUGUGGCUGCGCUUCUCCCCGCCCUUGCCCUCCUCGGGGCCCCAGCCCAGCUUCAUGGCCCACCUGGCGGGGGCGGUGGUGGGCAUCAGCAUGGGCCUGCUCAUCCUGCGCAGCUACGAGGAGAGCCUGCAGAAGCAGUGCUCCUGGUGGGUCAUCCUCUUCUCCUUCAUCACCUUCCUUCUCUUCGCCAUCUUCUGGAACAUCUUCGCCUACGAGCUGCUGGGGGUGCAGCUUCCACCCGCUCCCUGACACCAAGAAGAUCUCUCUCACUCCAUUACAUUUUCCCUCUCAUUGUCACAUGUCAAGACCCAGCGCCUUCGCCGUAUCCUUUUCCUGUCCGCUCAGCCAACCUCCCCGGCAACACCAUUCAAAACACAGAAAGUCAUUUAAUUCAAAACUGUAGAGCAGGAAUAAUUUUUCCCAAUGUACCCAUAUCAUCAUAGAAUGAUCUCUGUUUUGUGGUGGGAGGGAAUUUGGUAGCAAUAUAUGCAGGUGAAAGAUGUGUAGCUGUCUUUAUAUUCUCAUUGUGGAGCAUCCCUUUUGUCUUUUGUGUUGAAGCUUAACCCAGCUUCAGGUAGAACCUGUCAGAGAGCCAUUAUGAUUAAUACCAUGCAGCGUCAGCUCUCCUUUGCGUUCAGAGUGGGUUUAUGACCCUUGAGGUGCUUCUUACUGGACAGAUGUGUGUUCUGUCGGUAUUCCUCACUGCCCCUUUUAAAGACAUGAGGCAGAAGGACACUAAUGUUCUACUGCCCAACAUGCACCUAAACACUAUAUCUACACUGUGGAAUAAGAAUAGGAAUUCACAGGAUUAGGUAUUACAUGUAACAAGGCAUGCAGCUAGGAAGGUGGAAAAGACAGAGAAGAAAAUAAAUCAAUGCUGAAACCGUGAUAUCCUAUUUCCCCACCAUCACCACUGUGGUGCUCAUGUCCCUAGUAGCCAUUGUCACUCAUUUUCCACUCAACCUAAAUGCUUCAGCAGGUUAGCAUAAUCUCCAGCAGGUUAGCAGUACCAUACCCUAGCCUGCUAAAGCACCAGCAUCUCAUCUAGCCCAUGCUCUAAGGUCCAAACUGAGACGUGUGCUCUUUACACCCCCGGACACACCAACCCGCACCCUUCUCCUGUGUCACCGUCUCCAAGAACAACCACUGCCUGAUGCUGUAAGUCAGCGCGGGAACGCAAAGCGAGCGACACAGGCCUCUCUGUCUAUUCUCACUCUAACAGACGGAACUGGGGAGGGCAACGGACAUGUCAUCAUCGCCUGACCUCUGACCUUUUUGUCCCAGCGGGCAUUGGGUUCAGUCUGUCAAAGCCCAGUCUAUACCUCAGUGUCUCAUUCUUAGGGACUGUAUACUUUUGUAAAGGAAUGUACACAUAAAAAAAGGAGUGUUAAUCAUUUA